UAUGGUGACUAAUUGUGUAGUUUCCCCAUACCAAAUGAUUCCUUAACCAGUCGAAACGGCAAAACUCGUCCUCCCAUUCUCCUCUCUGGCUCUCCUGUACUGUUAAUGGUGGUUUCAUUUGAAGCUUAGCCCUUAUUCUUUCAUUUUGCUGGUUUUCUAGAUAUGGGUAAGUUCAAUUCUUCAUUAUUUCUUCGUUCAUUUGUUACUGAUGGAAGGAAUCUUUCUAGUUUACACUCUUCUUUUUCUUGCUCUUUUAACACCAUUGGUACCCACAUCGAAGCUUUAAGUAAGAAUUCAAUGUCUGUAAGGGGAAACCCGAAAAAGUAUGACCGCUUCAAUAAUGUUGAUGACGCUUGGACUUUGUUUAAUAAGAUGAUUGAGAAGUACCCAAAGCCUUCAAUUUUGGAGUUCACUAAACUAUUAGCAGCCAUUGUUAGAAUGAAACAUUAUGCCAUUGUUGUUUCUAUGUUUAGCCGAAUGGAAUUAUUAGGAGUUUCCCAUAACGUCUAUUCUUUGAACAUCUUGAUUAAUACCUUUUGUCAGUUAAAUCAAAUUGAUUUAGGGUUUUCUGUUUUGGGGAAGAUGUUGAAGUUAGGGAUUGAACCUGAUGUUGUAACUUUGUCUACUUUGAUUAAUGGAUUUUGUAAGCAAAGUAAGAUUUCUCAAGCUGUGUGUUUGUUUGAUGAAAUGGUUGAAAAAGGGUAUCAACCUAAUUUAAUUGUUUACAAUACAAUACUUAAUGGAUUGUGUAAGACUGGAAAUACUUAUAGAGCUAUUACGUUUCUAAGGAUGAUGGAAGAAAGAGGUUUUGGACCGAAUAUUGUAGCAUAUAGUAGUGUCGUUGACUGUCUCUGUAAAAACGGGUUGUUAAACGAGGCUCUCGAGCUCUUUUCUAAAGUGAAGGCUAAGGGCAUUAGACCGGAUAUUGUUAUUUACAAUUGCUUAAUUCAUGGUAUGUGUAAUUCAGGUCAGCAUAAGGAGGCAACAAGGCUUUUGAAUGAAAUGGUGGAUAACAAUAUUUCACUUAGUAUUUUCACCUAUACUAUAUUGGUUGAUGCAUAUUGCAAAGAAGGAACGAUUUCUGAAGCUGAAGCUAUUGUUGACACGAUGAGAAAGCAAGGCAUUGAACCUAAAGUUGUUACCUAUAAUGCAUUGAUAAACGGCUAUUGCUUGCAAAACAAAAUGGAUAAAACUAGAAGAGUGUUUCAGUUGAUGAUCAAGAAGGGUUGUGCACCUAAUAUACUUAGUUACAACAUCAUGAUCAAUGGACAUUGUAAAGCUAAAAGGUUAGACAAAGCAAUGGAACUCUUUCAUGAAAUAUCUCAAACAGGACUAAUCCCGGAUACUGUCACAUACAGCACUCUUAUGCAAGGUAUGUGUCAAUUAGGGAGAGUUUCUACGGCAUGUGAACUUUUGAAAAAGAUGGUUGCUUCUGGACAAGUUCCAGACCUGGUGACCUGUUCGAUUUUGCUAGAUGGUUUUUGCAAAAGUGGUAAACUCGAAGAGGCAUUGAAAUUUUUUCAAGCAAUGCGGAACAGUGGGGUGGAACUCAAUAUUGUUUCUUACAGUAUCCUAAUUGAUGGCUUGUGCAAAACUGGGCAUAUCAAAGUUGCAAAGGAAUUAUUUUGUGAACUCUCAAUCAAUGGUUUAAAACCAAAUGUUUACGCGUAUGCUAUAAUGAUUAAUGGGUUCUGUAAAGAGGGAUUGCCAGAUGAAGCAUACCAGUUGUUUAGGAGCAUGGAAGAUAAUGAUUGUUUGCCUAAUAGCUGCUGUUAUAAUGUAAUGAUCCAAGGGUUUUUUCGAAACGGCUAUACCUCAGAGGCAACACAACUUCUUACAGAAAUGGUCAGUAAGGGCUUUUCUGCAAAUUUAUGGACUGCCACCUUAUUUGUGGAUCUCAUCAUACGAUCUAAUAAAUCAAUUUUGAUCUGAAAUGUUGUACAACAUGUUUCACUUUUCACCCGUGAUCUUUUUGAGAAGAUUUUCUUCUCAGACAUUUGAAGUGAGAAUCUUGUUGACGGUACUGUUUAAAACCCAAAAACUUGGGGAGGGGGGGAGGGAAAUUGUGGAAACUAUAUCCCCUUUGCAGCUGUAAUCGGAGCCUCCGCCUUUAUUCAUUAAGAUGGCUGUUUCCUGCCAAGCAGAGCUUGUAUUUGCACUGAUGAACAUACAGGGGUGAAUCCUCAACAGUUCACUGGCAAAAGGCUCGAAGAAAACUCAACACUUCACUGCAAAGUGCUGAGGCAAGUGGCUGGUCCCAAUCGGCACCUCCAGCUGGUACUACUUUGAGUCUCUUUCCUUAACAUGAUGACUUGGCACAGUAUUGCUUAGGGAGGUAAACAUUACUUCUAAUGUUUAGUGGGUUUUUGAGACAAUAGUUAGCAUUAACUUGUUUGGUGCUACAUCUAUGCAAGUUUUGCUUUCCGGAUUAAGCUCGUUUGGUUGCCAAUGUUGUGCUCUUCUGCCAAGCCUCUGUCUGCUGCUAACAGCAUAAAAUAAGCUGGCUAUGAACCCAAUUCUCGCCGUCCUCCUAUCGCCCUUCACCGGAUUUGGUAUUGCAAUUAGUACAAGUUCUCUUCUUGUGGAAUACCUCAGAUAGAGAAUAAGAAGACAAACACAACCACAACCACGAUGACGGAACCGUGCUUGCAGAACUGACCAGCAAAGGCAACCACAAGACCGACGGCCAAGGCAGUAAGAAACCAUUACAAUUCAUUUUUGUCUUAAUUUUCAGUUUGCAUAGUAUUUCUUUUAGGCUCCGUUUGUUUCACUGAAAAUGGCUUCCGAAAAAUGAUUUCAGAAAAAUGACUUACUUUUCUGUAAAAGCUAAUAUUUUCUGGUGUUUGGAUGAAUCUGUGUAAAAUAUUUUCUUUUGUUUGGCAGGUUCUUUAAAAA